AUGCAAUGCUUAAGCACAGUCACUUAUUCUUACCUGAUAAAUGGAGCUGCCCAAGGUCACGUAACUCCGAGCAGAGGCUUGCGGCAAGGAGACCCGCUCUCACCGUACAUCUUCAUCCUAUGUAGCGAGGUGCUCUCGGGCUUAUGUAUCCGUGCCGAGAAGGAAGGGAAGCUAUCAGGGAUAAAGUGCAAAACCCAUGCCCACUACACGAUGACCUGCUUCAAGCUCCCAGCUUCCUUGUAUAAGCGUAUUCAGUCAGCUUUAACGCGUUUCUGGUGGGACGGAAACCAAGAAAACAAGAAGAUGAGCUGGAUAUCAUGGAAGAAAAUGAUAAAGUCAAAACGAGAUGGCGGUCUGGGUUUCAGGGACUUACAACACUUCAACGAUGCUCUUCUAGCAAAAGUAAGCUGGAGAAUCCUCAGUACACCUUCGUGCUUACUUGCACGAAUCCUCCUGAACAAGUACUGCCAUGACAAAAGCUUCCUGGAGUGUGGAACACCAUCGACAGCCUCCCACGGUUGGAGAGGAAUUUGUAUAGGAAGAGAUCUUCUGAAACCACAUCUCGGGAAGAUCAUUGGAGAUGGGAAAUCGACAAAUAUCUGGACUGAACCGUGGCUAUCACUUGAUGAGCAAUGUAGACCGAUGGGACCGGCUCCCCAACAUACAAAGGACCUUCCAGGUAGCGGACCUCAUCUCACCUACAACAGGAACAUGGGAUCAGGAGAAAAUAAAGGCCAUUGUACCACACCAUGA